AUGGUCCUCGCGCUCCUCGCGCGUGUCAACGUGCUCACGACGCUCGCCCCGCACCGCGCGGACGCCCUCGAGCAGCUCGACUCCCGCGAAGCCCAGCUCGUGCCCUGGGCCGGCCACGGGCAGCGCAAGCAGUGGCCAGCCCAAUGGGUCAUCCAGCCCACGACGGACGACGGCACGCUCCACAACGCGAACCCGACUAACACCUCUCGCGGCGUGUCUUGCGCCACGCGCAACUAUGUGGAGCUCCCGACCGCGGUCAAGCAGGGCGCUCUGAGCAUCAGGAUCGGCGACGAGGUCCAGGUCGGUAUCUGGCUGCAGAACACGAAGACCCGUCUCUCCGCGCGCGCGUCCGUCCGCUGGUCGACGCACGUCACCGUCCACACGCUCGGGAACACGAUCAGGGUCGACGCCGGCGGCUCGCAUGACCCCGUCCCCCGCCACCGGUCCGCGACGCUCGUGGACCCGGCGAAGCUCCUCGCCGACGCAUUCCCGUGCAGGGUCGACCUCGACGGGCUUGUGCGUGAGGGCGCGUGGCGCCCCGUCUUCAACGCGGACGGGAACAUGCUUUUUGAGAUAUGGCGGCACGGCGCGGACGAGCGCGAGGGCGAUUCCGACGGGCGGCGGCUCCGCCAGAAGCGGGCGCCGCUUGUACUCACGAGCGGGAACGCGCCGGAGUUGCAGGUCGCCGCGCCACGCAUUGGAGUUGAAAUCGCUGAGGAAGUGGCGGACGGGAGCGGGGCGUACAGCGGUAAUCGUAACCCGAACUUGCUGUCGAUUGCUGCGGCCCCGGAGGUCUCUGAGUAUGUUCCGAGCGAGCUCCAGAUGGGGGACGAGUCACAGGCUUCCGUUGGUACUCCCCCACCGGAGUUCGAAUUCCUUGUCCGCGGCGACGUCAAGAUGGAAGAAUCUCCAAAUUGGGGCGGGGCUAACUUGCUCGCCCCCGCUCGAAGCGCUGCGGAGCACUCACUUGACGCUGGUACCCUCCUCUGCAGCCCCAACUUGGUCUCGGACCCCUCUUCGGCGCCGGUCGCAGCUAUGGGCAGUCAAGGGCCGACUCUUGAAAAUAAGUGGGCGGUAGUCGGAUGCGUCUCGCUCAUCAGCUACGACUACUUCCUCACACUUGAUCGCGAGAUCGAGUACAUCUGGAGGAGGAGAAUCACGAGCGCAAGUGCGAUCUACAUCGUCACACGUUACUCCUCAUUGGCCUCCAACAUCCUCACCUUCCUCAAUUUCUUCCCUUGGCCGGGCGAAUCAUCAGCGGAACCUGGCCGUGCCUAUACGCGUCUCAACUCUUUCGCAGUGCACACACUAAUCCGCACUACCGCCCCGCAGGUGUAA